UGCUGCUACCUAGACCUGGACGAGGCGUCGCGCGGGGAAACGAACCCACGGUGAGCUGCUGGCUGCCGCCCCCCCCCUCUCCCCCCCGGAGGAGCAGGAGGGAAGCAUCAAUGCCUCCAGGUUCCCUCGCACAUAUCCUGGAACUGCUCUCGUCAUCGGGCCUCCUGCGCUGAGAGAAUGAAAGAAUGGCCGAGCAGCGAUGCGGGGACCACGGAGGGCUGACGGAUGCUGCUGUAGCGACUCACCGGGAUGAGCAGCAGCAUCGCAACAAGAUGAAUCCGACGGAGGAAGCAGCAGUGGAGGGUCUCUCUUUGGAGAAGAUACUGGCGCUUUAUAGCCAGCCCAUCAACGAGGAGCAGGCUUGGGCGGUGUGUUACCAGUGCUGCAGGACGCUGGCGAAGGGACAUCGGAGCUGGAGAAGUUCCGCCGCCGCUGCCGGAGCAUCACCCUCGGCCGCUCCGAGAAGGAUAUCCGGACCGGGGGAUGUUAGGAUCCAGAAAGACGGCUCUGUGAGGGUGGAACACCAGGGCUGUGAAGGUAAAUACAGCCCUUGCACAACAACAGAGGUAAUUGAGUCUCUGGGCAUCAUGAUCUACAAGGCUCUGGAUUACGGGCUGAAGGAGAACGAGGAGAGGGAGCUCAGCCCUCCUCUGGAGCAGCUCAUCGACCUCAUGACCAACAUGGCCGAGGCUGAGAGGGACGCCUGCCCCGACGAAGGCUACGAGGCAACAGAGGAAGAGGAUGAGGCAGAGGAUGACCCUGACAACAUCUCCAGUGUCCACGGUUACAGAGAUAUCCUCCAGCUGUGCACAGCUCAUCUACCCAGUCUAUCAGACGCCCCCAGCCACUACCAGGCAGUGUGCCGGGCUCUGUACACAGAAACCAGGGAGCUAAGUACUUUCCUGGAGAAGAUCAAGAGUGCCAAAGAGAACCUCCGUAAGAUGGAGGCAGGGCCAUCAGAGGAGCCUGACGGGGGGCUGAAUGAGCUCCAGAACGCUGACUGGGCUCGAUUCUGGGUUCAGGUGAUGAGGGACCUGCGUGAAGGAGUCAAGCUGAAGAAGGUGCAGGAGCGUCAGUACGACCCUCUGCCCAUCGAGUUCCAGCUCACUCCCUAUGAGAUGCUCAUGGACGACAUCAAGUCCCGACGCUACAAACUGCGCAAAGUCAUGAUAAAUGGAGACAUUCCACCCAGGUUAAAGAAGAGCGCUCAUGAAGUCAUCCUGGAGUUCAUCAGGUCCAGACCACCUCUCAAACCUGUGUCAGAUCGUAAGCUGAAGCCACAGACUCAGCUUCCUCCGACGCUGCAUGAACGCAUCUUGGAGGAAAUCAAAUCAGAGCGGAAACUACGACCGGUGUCGCCUGGUGAGGUCCGCAGGGGAAGGCUGGAUGAGUUUAGUCCGUACAUGGGCAGGAGGACGUCCAGCUCUCUGUCUCUAAUCAAUGGAUCAGCGUGUCCCAGGGGAGAAUCCUCUGGAUCUCAGUCUGUCCCUCCGAGGAAAAGGCUCCUGAAGGCUCCCAGCCUCGCCGAGCUGGACAGCUCUGACUCUGACGAUGAGACUGUCGGGCGCAGAUCAGCCAGCAGCUCCAGCGUGGCUACAUCUGUGAUGGAUGAUACGUCCCCAGAGAGUGCUCUGGGGAAGAAAACUCCCCCCAUGUUCCUGCCCAUCUCGUCCACACCCCAGCCAGAGAGGCGUCAGACCCCCCAGAGGAGACACUCCAUUGAGAAGGAAACCCCGACCAGUGUCCGACUGUUUCAGCCGCCCUCCAAAAAGAGCUCCAAGUCUCUGGAGGAGUUCUGUUUCCCUGUGGAGUGUCUGUCUCUGACGGUGGAGGAGGUGAUGCACAUCAGACAGGUGCUGGUUAAGGCCGAGCUGGAGAAGUUCCAGCAGUACAAAGACAUCUACAACGCUAUGAAGAAGGGAAAGCUUUGCUUCUGUUGUCGAACCAAAAGGUUUUCCUUUUUCACCUGGUCCUACGUCUGUCAGUUUUGCAAAAAGCCUGUGUGUGCACAGUGCUGCAAAAAGAUGCGGUUGCCAUCCAAACCUUAUUCCAGCUUGCCCAUCUACUCCGUUGGCUCGACCAACACCCUCCCCAGGGAGAGGGUGAGUGCCAUGGCUGCCAUAGAACAGGGACUCUCAGUGGUUGGAGGGCCGGGGCCGUCAGCUGUAGGAAGGACCACGGAGUCUCCCACUUUGAAAGUAGAAACAACAGGGGCAUCUAAAGGAGCUGGAAAAGCCUCUGGAGCAGCUGCUGCUGCUGCAAAGUCUGAGAAAUCCUCUGGAAGCCCAAGGCGCCACAGCAUUCACAAGACCAUAUCCAAGCUUUCGAAGCACGGCUCUCUAAAGUCUCAUGAAGAACUGGAGCUUCCCUCAGAGCUGACAGAGGACUGGGCCACCAUGGAGGUGUGUGUAGACUGCAAGAAGUUCAUCUCUGACAUUAUCGCCUCCAGCAAGCACAGCCUGUCACUGGCCACCAAAAGAGCUCGCCUAAAACGCAAGACCCAGUCCUUCUACUCCCCCAAAGGGAGGGAGGAGUACCGGCCCUCUGAGCGAACAAUCAAGGAGAUCUAAAACUCUCACUUAUCUCUCUCUCUCUGGCUCCUUCCAGCUCCUAUGGCACAAUUAUAAAGUCUCAACAUUGGAUAUGGACUUGCUGUAAACUGUGAACAUAUACUUCAGUCAGAUAAAGCUGUCAAAAUGGACCUCGGUGGUGGACAGUGUGGUUUUUGUUGCCGUGUCCUGAUCAUCAUGUACAGCUCCUUUAGACCUCAGCAUACUGUAGAUCUGCCAAUCAUUUCUAUUUAAGAUUAUUUUUUUGGGGCAUUUUAGGCCUUUAAUUUCACAGGACAGAUGAAGACA